GUCACCGAAGUGCGCGACAGGUUCGCACCUUCAGAGGCUGCGUUUUUCCGGGCGUCCGAGUGGGAAAGUCAGCGGAAAAACUUCCAGGACUGACGGAGAGUCGUCCUGUGGUGGAUGUGGGUGAACUCCAGAAGCUACCAGAGGAUAUUUGCCAUAAGAGGGAGAGAGUGAGGACCGUGGGAGAAACUACCUGUUGUACUUGGUUCAUCGCACGUGCUCCUGCACGCGCCAUCUUGCCAUUGCCCCGCCCCCCAUCGCCAUCUCUGACUGUGAGGACUCGCUGUUUUAUCCUUGACGAGAACAUUUAAAAGAGCGGAGGAUGGAGAACGUCUCCUCACACCAACACUUUAUUCUGGACGGUUUCCAUGAACUCGGAGCUCUGAGGCCUCUCCUCUUCAUCCCGUUCUCCAUCAUGUUUGUUGUCUCCCUGUUGUCCAACUGUCUCCUGCUCUACAUCAUCGUGUCCCAGAGAAGUCUCCACUCGCCCAUGUACGUCCUCAUCGGCAGCAUGGCGUGCAUCGACCUGAGUCUCCCGCUCUUCUUCGUGCCCAACAUGCUGCUGAGUUUCCUGUUUGGCUGGAGGGGGAUCUCUCUGACCGGAUGUCUGCUCCAGAUGUACUUCAUUCACUUCGUGGGAUGUUUCCAGUCCACUCUGCUGCUGUGGAUGGCUCUGGACCGCUACUUCGCCAUCUGCACGCCUCUCUACUACCACCAACGCAUGUCUGCACCACGGUUCCUGAAGUUCGUGGUUCCCCUCGUGAUCAGGAACGUGCUGAUGAACACAGGGAUUGUGAGCCUUGCAGGAACAUUGUCAUUCUGUACUAAUGUGAUAAACCACUGUUUCUGUGAACACAUGGCGCUGGUGGAACUGGCCUGUGGAAGCACAGCCGUCAAUAACCUGCUGGGGCUGCUGACCGUGUUCCUCAUCCCUGUGUUUGAUGUCAUCUUUAUCUUUGGUUCCUAUGUGGUGAUAUUCAGCUCAGUACGAAAGUCUGGUCAGUCUGGAGUCAAAGCUCUUCACACCUGUGUCACCCAUGUGGUGGUGAUCUCAGUCAGCCUGACUCUAGCGCUCAUAGCUUUCCUGUCAUAUCGCAUCAGAAACAAUCUUCCUGCAGCUGUUAGAGUUUUCUUCAGCACCAUGUACCUGCUGUUCCCGAGCUGUUUCAACCCGAUUAUCUACGGCAUCAGAACCACAGAGAUACGGCAACACAUCCUGAAAAUGCUGGACCGCCUGAAAUGAGAUACAUCUGUUUCUAGAAUGUCGUAUACUGUGAAUUUCUAUGUGCAAAUUAACCUGAUUACUAUUGUUAG